GAGUAGCGGCCGCCAUUUUAGCUGUGCCCAGUUGUAGAGCGUUGUGGAGGGCAGUGUCCGUUUAUUCAUAUUUCGAUGUAGCUGUAUAUCACAAAGUAAGUUGAUUUGAGGAGCUGACAAGAAUAGGUGAAGCGAAUCCUCCAAGAGCCUGCGUGAAGAAAGGCUGUGAAGAUGGCGCUCGACAGGCGUGACGACAAAGAUGGAGAACUCAAUGUUUUGGAUGACAUCUUAACAGAAGCACCAGACCAAGAUGAUGAACUCUAUAAUCCAGAAAGUGAACAUGGUGUGGAUGACAAAAAAGGUUGCAAGAGGAAAAAUGAUCGAGGAGACAUCCUGGAAUGCAAGAAGCUGAGGACUUCAGGGCAUACUAUUAUCAAGAAGUCCACCGCUUCUGUGGGAACCAACGAUAAAAACCCUGUAAACCUCAGAAGCAGGCAUUCUGAGUAUAAAGGUGUAGACUAUCACUAUGACAGAAGCGAGGACAGGAAGAGCCAUGUGGUCAGAGGUGCUGUCUGUAGAGAGGACCCUCCUCAGGGUUCCAGUGACAAGCCGCUGAAUCGCAGGAGAGUGCCGGAUCGAAGAGCUAAGCCCCUGAUGCCUGACGAGUCAGAGUUGCGAUGUACCAGAGAGGAGAGUGUUGGCAGAGUGAGCCACUCUUCCAAGGAAGAAGCAAACUCUGAGUUUGCCUCUGAUCAAGAAACGGGAAGCUCAGUUGAAUCCUCUGAAGACGACCGCUCUGACCUGGAGGUUAUGGAGGGUGAGGAAGGAGAAAAGGGUGCAGAUGAAGAAGAGGAAGAGGAUGAUGAUGAAGAAGAUGGUGAAGAAGAAGAGUAUGAGCUGGAGGAAGGAGACACAAGAGAGGGGAAUGACCAAAAUGAUUAUGACACUCGUAGCGAGGCUAGCGACUCUCAGUCAGAGUCCGUGUCCUUUUCCGAUGGCGAGUCUGUGCAUUCUGGAUCUGGAUCUGAUGUUUCAGAUAAAGAAAGAAAAGAGAAGAAGCACACUAGAAGGAUUUCUCCAAUCAUUUUUGAUAGAAGUGGAAGUUCAGCUUCAGAAUCAUUUGCAGGCUCAGAGAAGAAGCAUGAGAAACUGCCCUCUUCUGUUCGUGCUGUUCGCAAGGAUCAGACAAGCAAGCUGAAGUACAUUUUGCGCGAUGCCAGAUUUUUCCUGAUUAAGAGCAACAACCAUGAAAAUGUUUCGCUGGCCAAGGCCAAGGGUGUUUGGUCUACGCUACCCGUCAAUGAGAAAAAGCUAAAUGCUGCAUUCCGAUCAGCUAGGAGUGUUAUACUCGUUUUCUCUGUGAGGGAGAGUGGGAAGUUUCAAGGUUUUGCAAGGCUUUCCUCUGAAUCACAUCAUGGAGGAUCUCCAAUUCACUGGGUCUUGCCUGCUGGAAUGAAUGCCAAAAUGCUUGGAGGGGUCUUUAAAAUUGACUGGAUUUGCAGGCGGGAAUUGCCCUUCACCAAAACAGCACACCUCUCCAACCCAUGGAAUGAACAUAAACCUGUCAAAAUUGGACGGGAUGGACAGGAGAUUGAACUUGAAUGUGGAACGCAGCUCUGCUUGCUUUUUCCCCCCGAUGAAAGCAUUGACUUGUAUCAGGUUAUUCAUAAAAUGCGCCACAAGAGGAGGAUGCAGUCGGAGCCACGCUCUCGAGGGCGCCCCCCACAUCGAGAGCCAGGCCGCGAUCUGGGAAGGCGUCGACCAGAGGAUUAUGACAUGCACAACAGGAAACGACCAAGGAUUGACUAUCCUCCAGAGUUCCCUCAAAGAACAGGUUUUAUGCAGGACCCUCGCAAUCAGCCUAUAGACAGGCGGUUCUCGGGUGUACGGAGAGAUGUGUUCCUCAAUGGGUCUUACAAUGAUUAUAUGAGAGAAUUUCAUCAUAACAUUGGACCACCACCUGCCUGGCAAGGAAUGGCACCGUAUCCUGGAAUGGAGCAGCCCCCUCACCAUCCUUAUUACCAGCACCAUCCUCCUCCUCCUCAAGCCCACCCACCAUAUUCUAGUCACCACCCAUUGCCACAUGAUGCCAGAUUUAGAGAGAAGCGGGUUGUACGUUCCUUUUCAUCAAGUCUGCAUGACUACGAUAUGCGGGUUGAUGACUUCCUUCGACGAACCCAGGCAGUUGUAAGUGGACGACGCAGUCGUCCUCGAGAACGGGACCGACAGAGGGAACGAGAUCGGCCUCGAGAUGUGAGACGUGACCGAGAGAGAGACCGAGGACGGGAACGGGACCGUGAAAGGGACAGGAUUAGAGAGAGGGAAAAGGAGAGGGGUCGGUAUCGAAGAUAGAGGAAGACAGUUUGUAACUUUCUUAAAUGUUGUACUUAGGAGUUUGACUGUGUAUCAUGCAUGCAGUGUGACAAAACUGGUAAACAACCAAAAAUCAGUUUCAUAAUUGUUAAAGUGACAAAUAUCUACACCUCUUAUAUAUUUUAAAGUGCAACUUCACAUUGUUGCAAGCCUGGUUUCAGACAUUAUUUGAAAAGUAUUUUCACUUUAUUGUUCUCCAGUUUUGUAUUUGUCUCAGAAAAGAGAACAAACUGUUAUCCAGAAUUUCUUAUAGUGUCAAUGUUUGUAAUUCCAUGUGGUGAACCGAAAUAUUGGUUCGGUAAAUAUCUGUACCGAACCUGGUGGUGUUGUAGCAAGUAUGUCUAACAUUUUUAAGUUCCAAGUCAUGUAUUUUUCUAUCAUUUGUGUGAUAAGCAAUAUUGAUACUUACCUUUUUUCAUCUUUAAGAAACCCAAACCAAGGUUCUAAUCAGUGCUGUAGCGCUUAGCAUUUUGAAAAUCGGUAGAAUGACGCAACUGUAAACAUGUUUUGAUUCAGAAAGAAACUAGUUGUAUCUUUUAGCGAUACUUUUUGUACAAAAACAAAACAAUUAAAAACAUUUAAUUUGAA